AUAACCCAAGCCAUAAUUUAUAUCUGAUUGACAUAUUUCUCAGAGGGGACCAUUCUUCCUUCUGUAAGUGAUUUUGAUAUGGGGUUAGAUCCAUACAGCGAAUUAAUCCGUUGACAUCUUUCUAGAUCUUCAAGUGGAAAUAGCGUCAAGAAAUGUACUUCAACCCGUGAUAUGACCAAGGACUAUUCAGAGUAUAACUCUUGUCUUGACAACAGUCAUGUUACUUUGACAACGGUGGAGUUACAUUAGCAACACUAACAUUGUCCUGGCAACGCUCGCGCUAUAUUGACAACGGCUGAAGAAAUUUACACAAGUUAAACAGAUUUGGAUUAUACAACGUUUUUGAAUUUCUUUGCCAUGUUGUAGUAAAACAUAAUUACCACCUUUAUACGGCAAUUUCUUCCAAUUCUUAUCCUCGGUGCUGCAACUGUCAAGGCGGAAAAUUAGCUCGGGCUGUCCUGGUACCGUAUCAGCUGUCAACACGGAUGUUUAUGGUCCCACUGACGUGCUCCACUAUAUCGGAAAUCAAAGCGCCAAAUAAACCGUGAUUUUAUGUUCUAAUUGGAUACAGUGUUCAGGUGUCCAAACACAUGUGUUUGUAUCAUCCUUUUCAGUUAUCAGAAAUUCCAACUUUUUCUCCAAUCGUGUAAGGAGAUGCUGAUCAGGUAUUUGGGAGUUAAACUAUCCUGGUGACGUGUUACGUCAUAUCGAUGUCAGAAACCUUAUACCUCACCAGCAUGGUGCUGACGGAUUUUAUUGUGUCAACUAAUCUUCUCUGUCUCUGAGUGUUCGUGUCUGACAUCUCCCAUUCGUACAUGGAUACUACAUUCAUCUUCACCAAUAUUUCUGAAGACGUCGACACACUAUUGCGACCUCCUACUAAAUAAUCCGAUACACAAGAAACGAAAUGAACAUUUGAUAGACGGCGAACCCCCCAGUUAGCCAUUAAACUUAUGAAAUUCAGAAAAAACGAUAGUUUUCUCACAAGAUGAAAUAAAUCGGAUAUAAUGUUUGGCGACUAGCUCUCACCUGUUACGGAACCACAAGCCUGUCAGGACGUGGAGCGUCGAGUGUAGUGAGGCGUAUGAUGGACGAGACAGAAGUCGCUUUGGAAUCUGUUCUAAAUGUUUGGACGAUCUGGUGUACUUAUGAAACUCUACCCCGAUAAAUACAGGCCAUAUAUCUGGAUGAGAGGACUGACGGAAUUUAAAUUAUUCUCAAACCAAAACUGAAAUAUAAAGAUAAGGAGAAAGUUACGUUUUACACAUGGACAUCAUGGUAUUUGUCUACUUUGCUGAAUUACGUGAUCUGGAAAUAUAACCAUAAAAGACCUCUUUAAGAUAAAGACAUCAGACUAGAUAACCAAUAUCCACCGACUUCACGCCCGAGGAAAUUCGGAAGCGUCAAUAUCAUAAAAUACCACAGGGAUUCACACAACAUAUGGACACCCAAGAAUUAAACUACUUCGAACAAGAAGACUUGGAACUUUACCUUGAACUAGACUGUUUUCAUUGGCAUUGGAAGAGACACGUGUUUCGUGGAUAUCGAUAAAUCUGAUCGACUCUUUAUAGAUAAAAGGUAGUGGAGUCCUAUACUUUAUAUGAUAUAUUAUCAAUACAUCAAACUCUACCACGGCUUCCACCAUUCACGAGAGCGUGACAACUGUGUUAACGGAGCAUCAGCGGUUCUCUGGUGUAUUUACACCUGCUUGUUACACAUACUUCCAUUGUUAUAGAGUUGACAGCGGUAUAUAAUACGGACGGAGAAAAUCCUCCAGGAACCUCGUGAUGGUCAUCUUCAUACAAGGGAAGGAAAAGCCAUCGCAAGAGAUUCGACGAAUAUUUUAACAAAUUUUGUAUUUCGCCUUUAUCAUGACUGAGUACAAUUAUGAAGCCGUCUGUAUAGAACCUCAAUAUCUAAGAGCGCAAACGUGAAAUAUCGAGAUACAGUACUAAUCAUCAGCCGAUAGUCGAUAUAAUUGAGUUGUGGUCGUCGUUCGAGAUAAAAAGUGUUGAUGGGCACAGAUAGGCUAAUUUGAAUGAUUAUCGCACCUGCCGCUCCAUUUCCAUAGUAACAGUUUCAACACCCUCCUAGGUCCUGGUGAUGGGUUGUGUAAUAGAUGUGGUAAUUGGUCCCCGUUGACAGUAUCAGAAGGUCAAUGUGGGUCUACGUCUGUGACUGAAUAUUAUUGGAAUUAACACAUUAUCGACGAUAGUCAGAGUACUUACAUGAAAGGAUCGACAAAUAGUAACAACGUAGAUACAAACCGUAACACAGCGGUUUUUGAGUGCUUUGUCAAGAUUUCUUUCGUUGGAAUUGAAUGAAAAAAUGAUUGAUAUGGAAUUAUAUGGAAUGUGUUUAAAACGACAACUAGGAAGUUUAUAGUUCACUUGCAUUAACAACACGUAUGGAUUAUAUUGUGGGUGUAACGUCAGGGAAGACGUACGGAAGUAAUGCUUGUGUAUGGACAACUGUGUGUAUAUCCACGGAUGUAUAUAUAUAUAUAAUUAAUGCAUUGGAAUCAGAUAUUAAAUACUAGGUUACAAAUCGGCGAUGGCCACUUGUUGGAAGCUGCUGUGUUAAUUAGCCGUUUGUACGCGGUCUAUCCUACAGCACUGUCGGAUGUGAAUUGUUGGAGAGUCCGACUAUAGGAGAGUAGUACAGUAGGAAGUUACCGAUACUCGCUAUUGUCGCGCACCUGUUGGAGGUUUACUGGUACAUAGGCUGGGAUACCUGUCUCUGGCUAUAGCAGCCUGCUGAUACGACGGGCACGCGCUCACGAGCAGCUGAUGUGUGAUGAUACAGUCCACUGUGGGUAUAACGGGGUUGAGCUCCGGUGUAUAGGCAGAACAGCGUGAGGAGACGAUUCGCUGUGACUGAGAGUUGACGGUUCUGAUACACGUACGCGGUAUUCUGUAGGUUUUGAUUCAGAUGCUGGAUAACCGGGGAGCAUUGUCAUGUCCCAUAGCGUUGUCAGUGAGAGCAGCACUACGGCUCUAACAGGUAGCUACUCCAGGUAGAUAUUAAAUCAACAGGUAGCUACUCCAGGUAGAUAUUUAAUCAACAGGUAGCGCAAGAACAAUAGGCGUGUACAGUGAUAAAUAGCGGCAUGUCAAAUCAACAUUAACAAGUUCUACAGAGUUCAGUGGUUCAGAUCUGUAAUAGAGAGUAAAGAUUUAAAAGAUAUUGAGUAGGAGAAAAUGUUGAUUUCAAACUCGUCGGAUUAGUGUAAUAUUAUAUCGUUACCUGUUGAAAUAAAUGAAGAAAUUGAACAGCAUUUGAUAGUAUAAAAACUAUCGCCGAACUUUUUAAAAGUUUUACAGUUCACAGAAAAACUGACGUAAACGGUCAUCAUGCUAAACAGCAGUGUAAGCGGAGGAGGUAUGGAUCGGGGUUCGAUUCAGGAUUACAAUGUAGGCGACGGAGGAGGAGGGGGAGGGUCAAACCUCACCAGUAUCAAUACGGAGGAUUUUAUCAUACAAAAUACAACGAAUUUUCCAUUACACAGUGAAACAACCGAUUUUAGCUAUUCCGAUUUUUGGCCUUUUAUAUCGUGUGAAGAUAAUGACACUUUAGGCUGCAACGAGUCUUUACAACUAAAUAACGUAUCUCUGUUGAACGAGACGGGGUCCAUGAACGGGACCCUAAUAGGGGAGGAGAUGGAGUAUCGUUACUGGACAUUGUUCCUCCUUACCUUCCCUUUUUUCACGGUGUUCGGGAAUGUCCUUGUUGUUAUGAGCGUGUACCGAGAGCGGAGUCUGCGCACUGCCACCAACUAUUUCAUCUGUUCACUGGCGGUAGCGGAUAUCAUGGUGGCCGUCAUGGUGAUGCCCCUAGCUGUGUAUAUGGAGGUAGUCCAGGUGUGGUUGCUAAGUGAUCCCCUGUGUGACGCAUGGGUUGCUUCUGACGUCAUGGCAUGUACAGCGUCCAUUCUUAAUCUCACAGCCAUCAGUGUCGACAGAUUCAUAGCUGUUACACAACCAAUAAAAUACGCCAAACAUAAAAAUUCCAAACGUGUGUUUAUGACGUUAGCCUUGUGCUGGGUUAUAUCUGUUGCCAUAGCAGCACCUAUAGCAUUAGGUGUUAAUUAUUCUGAAUUAAGGAAGCCCGGAUAUUGUACGUUCUUUAAUGCGGAUUUCCUCAUAUACUCCUCAAUGGGAUCAUUUUAUAUCCCGUCACUAAUAAUGAUAUUUCUGUACUGGAGGAUAUAUCGCGUACUUCACCUGAGGACACGUGCACAAGCGAGAUCAAAGAAAGCUCGACAAAUGAAGCAUGAAACAUCAUCUACCAACGUAAUAGCCAACCCAGCGACCGUGACAGCUAUUAAAAUUGAGCCAACCGUUACAACCGGUCUGGCCAAAAGUGUGGAUAACGGUAAGCUCGCCACUUAUAACACAAACAACAAAAACAAUCAAGCGAAACUGUCCAUUCCUAUAACAGAAUCAGAUGACGUAUCAGUCACAAAUGUGGGCACAAACACUGACUCCCAGUCAAGUGAAAGAUUCAACGAAGAUGACAAUGUGCCAAAAACACCGGUGAGCGACGGUGAAAUCGAUAUAGACGAUGAUAAUGGCGACGAAAAAGGAAGUGGGGCAUUAAUUGUCAACCGCGUAGCCGUGCGUGAGGUGGAGGUGCAAAUUGGCGGAAACGGAAAUGGUACAUGUAAUACGACUUUGUGUACAGAAAAUGAGACAAAGUUCGGUACGCCGAUACAAAGAGUGGUAAUAGAUCAAGCUGGUGAUGACAAUGUUUGUAUUAGGUCCCCAGGUAGGAAAGGCCUCCCCCAUCGCAGAAAGGAAAAGAAAGGGGGAGCAAAAUUUAACUUCCACAUGCGCACGAGCCGAAAAAGAAAAGAAAAAUCCUCAUCGAAACGAGAAAAGAAAGCCACAAAAACGCUAGCCAUUGUAUUAGGUGUGUUCCUGUUCUGCUGGGUACCGUUCUUCACCAUCAAUAUAAUCAACGCCAUAUGUAUUCGAUAUGAACUAUUUAGUAGUCCUAUGUGUAAUAUAGACAAUUUCUUGUUUAGUUCUUUUGUCUGGCUGGGUUAUAUCAACAGUUUCCUUAACCCAGUUAUCUAUACAAUAUUUAACCCGGAAUUUAGGAAAGCUUUCAGGAAAAUUCUCACAGAAAAGUGCUAGCGAUUGGUGUAAACCAUAUGAUAUGGAGCAAAUGUGUGUCUGUGUGUAAAGAAAGACAUGUCUCUACAUGUGUAAUUUAAAAUGUUUUAUGUUCAUCCUGUCACGUGAUUUUCUGUUUUAUGUUUAUUCUGUCACGUGAUGUCUGUUGUUGACUACAUCAUCACCAAACAUAGUUUGAUAAUUUUAUCAAAGAUAAAAAAAAUAUCACAUUUAUUUAACUCGUUUUACUUCGAUAAUGAUGAAAAUGUUUACUGUUCUCGCAGUGUAUGUUACCAUACCAUCAUGAGGAAAUGUUUCAUCAUUAUUUAUUAAAAGACUGAAUAUGUGUCACUAAAUGAAAUACUGUCCUUUACAUGUUCAAUAGUUUGAAAAUGUUACUUUGUACGACACAAGAGGACCGUUGAUAUCUGGUUUUAUAUAACCUUGAAUCCCAAUUAAAUAACAUAAGGUUAAUUUCAGAGGGGCUUUAGUUUCGUACUCUUUAGUUUCGUACUCUUUAUCGACGCUUGAACGUUGCUAUUUGGAUGGACAUUUCAGUUCCAAUAAAGUAAAUACUGCAUUUAUUUCAGAAAGAGAACAAAUUACAUUAAAUCGUGUUCGACAUAUGUAUUAGCACCGAUGUUGAAGGAACACCUUUGACCCAAUACCUUCUGCUUCCGCUCGAUCGGCAAUUCAAACCCUGAAAAAAAUAUCGAAAUGCUAUCUACUAGACAAAUCCACCAACGAAUUAUGGCUUUAAUAUCGGCAGUUUUAAUGGUGAUACCAAUAUAUCCAUAUGAUGGACAUUGUCCUCAUAAUACAGACACUUCCUUUUCAGGAUGGACAGUUUUUCAGGAUGGACAGUUUGUUUUUCAGGAUGGACAGUUUGUUUUUCAGGAUGGACAGUUUGUUUUUCAGGAUGGACAGUUUUUCAGGAUGGACAGUUUUUAGAUAUAGUUAACUGUUUAAAUAUCACUUAUGUUUAAAGAAACACACAGAUAUAUUUAUACUCAGAAAAAUGUCUUUAUUUGUUUUUUUCUUAUUUCUGAAGCUCUAAUGAAUUAUGUUUAAUUUAAGUGGCAUAGAUCCAGUGAAGUUAAGACAAGUAUAUAACACCUAGGUUUGAAAUAGUAGGCACAGAUCAUUAUGAUAAAUGCUCUUAUAUAUCGGCUUAUGCAUCUACAAGUAAAGGAUAUGAUACUCAUAUUGCGAGUAAUCGUAUCUAGAUUACCGAUAAAUCUGAUAAUAUAACACAAAUCUAUUGAUGGUUUAUUGUCCUUUUGCCUUUAUCAUGUUAUGGAAGAAAAAGUUAUGUUAUUUAUUAUUUAUCUAGUUAUUUAUUGAUAUUCAUCUAUUCAUUUGUUAAUUUAUUUCGCCUUUAAGUAUAAAAUUUGAAAUAGGAACAAAAAAGAGAAUACAUGAUAUAGAGAUUUUAAACAAGAUCGUUACUCUAACGCAAAAACAACAAGUAUUACUGACAUAAUAAUGAAAGUACAAUUCAAAUAUAUUUGAAAAUUACAAGGGAAAAACAUGUGUUCUUGACGGGCUGUCUUUGUUUCUACUUCAUUGAUGACGAUUACUGUAUACAUUUUGCCAAAUGAUUGAUGAAAACUAUAAUAUUGAUAUACGUCACAUCAUAGCUAAAACGUGCAAUCAUCCUAGUCCGUUUUAGUUAUUGGAAAUUAUCUGUAUUAUUGUUCAUAUAUUAUUAUAUUCAAGAAACGUCCCAUAAAACAACUAAUUCAGAAUGUAGAACAAAGUUUUGAUUCCUUUGGAUACAUUUUGAAAGAUGAAAGUAAUUAAACAUUGAUGCCCAACAAAACUUACAUUACGUUGUAACUGUAUACGUGUUACAUACAUAUGUAUUCACAUUUCAAAGGUCAAUUAUAUAGACCUCACUAUCUUGCAGUAUUAUGACGUCAUCUAACAUAUUCGUAUCAUGACGCCAUAUGACAUAUUUCCCUGUUAUCACGUGAUCUUGAAUUCCUUUCAUUUAUUCCCAACUUAAUAUUUUUAUUUUAAAUGGAUUAAAAUAUAAGUCAGAUAUUGUGUUUUGAGAAAUGCUGCCUAAUAGUAUCCCUGGAUUUCAGUUUUCCAUAUCAACAAUAUUCCAUUGAAUUAUGUAUUUAUCAUCGAUGUACUGUGAUCGACGUGAUAAUAUAUGUUUAUGAUAUUGCCUCGACCUUUAUAAAGUAAAAUGAUAUUGUGUAUGUAAAUUUUAUGUAGAAUUUGGUUAUUGUUAAUACGAUAUAAUGUGUUCGCCAAAAUGGAAAAAAAAAUCGCAUAGAAGUUGAUUUGUAUAAAGAUGCAGUAAGUUAUAAGCAGAAUAGAAUACAUAAUAUAUUAGGAAUUUAUGUUUCACAUAAGUUUUUAUAACAUUAUUUUAAUGAAACUGUAACACUGGACAGUAGUCGCUCUAUAGCAGGAAUAUAGAAGGAUAUAAGUAGUUGUUAGUGAUACAGACUGAUAUUGAAAUGUAAUGGUUACUUUUGUUUACUCAAUUUUGGUUUGCAGCACAAACAUUUCAUUUGUAGUGAAAGUAUUAGUUAUCUGAAGCAACAACCUGUUACAGUAAUGCGCCUGCCGCUGACAGGUUCUCACAAAGUUAGCGUUACAAGUUGAAAUAAAAAGAUAUACGUACCUUAUCAUUGUGUGAUAAUUGUUUUGUUACAAGUUUCCUUUCUUCUGCUUUAGUGACAAUCACCGAAUUAUCACAAAUACAUAUUGUUCUAAUGUUAUAUUUUGUUUAGAAAACAACCAUUUAACAUUUACAUAAUUUAUAUAAUUUUACACAAACGAAUCUGUUAAAGAGGUCACAGUUAUCAAAAGGUUUACACAGGGAUUAAUUAAUUAUACCCUAUAAUUAUAUUCGUCCACUGGCUCUAAAAACAUAAAAAAGACUGUUUAAUGUCGAUACUUUUGAUCUCAUCAUAUAUCAAGGGUAAUACACGCUGUCUUCCUCAGAACUUAGAGAAUACUUACCACUAUAACAAAAUACAACUGUCGGGUAAUUACUGAGGAGAGAAAUAAGUAUGCCUACUGUUUAUUCGGGACAGGUCAACUUUGAGAUAAAAAGGUCACUAUCGACUUUAACUAAAAAUAUUCCAUAGUCAAUAAAAUGAAUGUGACAAAAACAGUUUUUUGUUAGAGGUAUGACAAUCGGACAUUACAGUAAAUCUUAUCUAAAGAUUUCCGCACACUUUCUGAUUUUUGAUUCGUUUUAUCAACUGCCGUAAACAUAGUGUGACAUAUCAAAGCUUCUUACAGACAGAUCUGAGAGAACUGAAGUAAGACGUGUUGAUUUAUUUUAUUACGCUUUAACAAAAUGUAAGUUAAUUUGUAUUAUUUCUGUCGGAUUUGAAACUAUCAGCAAGUUGAGGACUUGGAAUAGGUAUCAUUGUGUACAACCAAAGUUGUUUUUAUUUCUUUUUUAACUGUGAUUACUAUUGGGAUGCAAUAUUUGUUGAUUUUGUUAUAUCUAUUUUAGCGAAAGCCACAUUCAUCUGAUCCAACAAAUAUACCAUUUUCAUUUCUUAAUCAGGAAAGAAUGUGUUGUUUUCAAAAUGAUCCAACACAUCCAUUUAUAAAAAGUUGAUAGUUUAACUGAUUAUCGGAAACCAGAAAUCUAAUAAUAAAAGUAGAAUAUAACAUUGGCAUAAUUUGUAUCAACUGUAGUAUACAAACAAAAAUCGUAAUGAUUAUCGGAUUAAAGAAAACAUAAAUCGAAAAUAAAAUUCUGAUAAUGGAGGGAAAAAACAGUGUUUUAUCAUUUUCAGAGGAACUCAUGUUAAAAUAAUUACACUGGAUUUGUCAAUAUUUCUACUGGGAACAAAGUUAGUUUACCUGCAUUAAUUACAACUCCUAUUUCCUAGGAACAAAGAAGUAUUUUUACUUAAAUUAACUAUGUGCACUGUACACGUUGUUUUACAAUUACUUUCUAUACUUUUUACCGUUUAACUUUCGCGGUCUUUUAGUUUUCGCCUCUAUUUAUUUUCAUCAUUUUCGCCCUUUAAGGAGAAAGUCUCAUUUAUAACAUUAUUUUAAUGAAACUGUAACACUGGAAUAUAGUCGCUCUAUACAGCGAUAAAUACACAAAUGUAGCGAUAUCAAAUUGUAAAACAAGGUGGGAAGUGAAGCCAUCAUUGGACGAAAGCUUGGCGGUAUACAGUCGUCUAAAAUUCAGUUAUAUAUGCAUAUGACUAGGUAAGUCAUAAUAUCGUAUAAUUAAUUUAACUACAUGUGUGUCACAGGUAUGAGGUUAAGACAAAUCUCUACCAGUCUCCAUUGUCAAUUACAUGGAUUUGAGGGUGUGAAACGUUCCUACUUGUCACAAUUGUCAAUCAUAUGGAUUUGAGGGUGUGAUACGCCGAGCCACAGAUCCUAAUGUUGACCCAUAUAUUGUAUUGUCAUAUCUAUAUAGUCAUUACGUACGCCAGUAUAUAUUGUUUAUGUAUAAUGAUAGACAAUAUACAUAGAGAAUAUAUCAGAUAUAUAUAUAUAUUAUAAAACUGUAUAUAAACUAUCAGUAUACAGAGACACAAUAAAAGAGCACUUGAAGUUUACGUGUUGUUA